AAGAAUAAUUUUUAAAAAUGGUUUAAAGUUUCUACGUAAACAUAAAUUAAAUUAUAUUUUAUUUUCCUUUAUAUUUUUUCACGAUGUUAAACAAGAGAGAGAGAGAUAGAGAGGAGAAAAUCAUUAUUUUUGGAAACCGCCUUAAUGAAUAGAAGACAAAUUACGAUAUGAAUCAAUCUCAACAUCACUGCAUUAUAGUUUAUGCAUGAGAAUGGAUACAUCUAUAUGAGCUGCAAGUUUGAACAGAUAUAUGUUCAGAUACCAUGUAUGGAAAUAUUCAACCCACCUGUCUUAUCUCAACAAUGCUCCCUUAUUGAAACAACCCCCAACCCAGAAAUCCAUCUCUGCUUUUUCAUUUGUUUGAUAUCAUUUAUUGGUUACAGCUUCAAACCCCAACACAAAACCUACUUCCUGAAUCCUGCCUUUUCAUUUCAUUGUUUCCACCUCUUUUGAGUGUCAAAACUUACAGGUUCAAAAGCUUCAAACAGACAAACGAUGGAGAAGGAAAGCCUGAAGACUGAAGAUGCUAGGCCUCAUUUCUUCAAGAUCAUCCAUGGAGAAGAUGUCAAACGGCAUCUGCGGAUCCCUCCAGCUUUCAUGAAGCAUCUGUCACAAGAAAUGUCCAAUAGAGCAACACUAACUGGUCCUUCUGGUAGCCAAUGGCGUGUUACAGUAUCUACGGAUGCAAAUGGCACUUAUCUUCAAAAGGGGUGGAAGCAAUUUAUGAAAGAGAACAACCUGGGAGACAGUGAGUUCUUGACUUUUAGAUAUGAUGGAAAUAUGCAGUUCUAUGUCAAAAUUUUCGAUAAGAGUGGGGUUCAAAGACUAGCAGCCCUUGUUUCUGGUAACAGAACACAAGAAGGAACAAGAGUCAGUAAUGGAAAAAGGGCUCAAGGUAGACCAAGGAAAAGCCCAGUUGGUUCACUGAAUCCCCAUAAAUUGCAGCUCCAUAAUUCUGAAGAGGGUUCAGGUGGAAGUUCUGGGAUUGUGAAAACAGAUGGGUCUUUCACCUCCAAAUCUCCCCCCACUUCAUGAUUGGUAUGACCCAGUCCAAUGUGGAGAAAACUUUUCUCCUGUGACUUACAGAUAGGAUGUCAUUCAUGCAGCGCAUCCCCCAAUCCUUCUCUGCUGCUGGCCACUUUCCUCCAUCAAAGAUGAGGGUUGUCCUGAGGAAUUCAGCAGAGAAAGCUUGGGAUGUGAGUUGCAUCUAUCAUGCAAGAAGGCAUUACUUUUCUAGAGGAUGGGCUCCCUUUGCACGCUAUAACAAUCUCAAGCAAGGUGAUGUCUGCAUAUUUGAGCUUGUCAAUAAAGAUGAAAUGCAGGUCCAUGUUUUAUGAUUGAUCAAGGUGUUGACAUAGGGUUUUGUAUCUGUCUUUGCUAAUUGUUACUUGACCUAUCUUAAAAGUAGAACUGUGCCAAGGCACAAAAACAGAUUCAGUGCUGCUAUCUGAUGUAAUGUAUGAGAUCAAUUAUUAUCUUUACAUCUUGGAUUAGUUUC